GAAGCCCUGCACAUCUACACUCCAUUCAUAUUAUCCACAGAACCCUGGAUUUGGACUGCAAUCUGAUAGAAUUGAAGAAGCCAGCCAACUACAUAUGAUACGUACGACUUAAAAUAUGGAGCAAAAUCUCAUUCCUUUGCAGCUUAUGCCACAUCAGGAUGGUAUUUUAUCUUUGGAUGAGGAUUGGGCGGGUGUCACUGACAAAGGCCGAAGGAAAAAGAUGCAAGAUCGAUUGAAUCAGAGAAUCACGAGAAAGCGGAAACUUCUGAAUUCUAAAAUACAGAAAGAGCGGCAGUCACAACUCCAUAAUGGAAUUCCCGAUCUGAGUUCUACUCCGCUCCUACCGCAAUCUGACUUCUCGUGUGGUAGUCAUCAAGCCUCCGAAUUAUACAGAGCUACUGCACAACGAAUAUACCCACAGCAAAUUCUAUCAAAUAUAAAUUCAUCAAAUAUUGAAGAUAUCGACUCAAUACAAGCAUGUCGACCCGACUCCCCGGAAACACAAUCCUUCCUCUUACAUUUCUCCAUCCGCGCCUACCAGAAUUACCUCCAUCCAUCCCCGUCAUCGGAUAACGCAAUGGCAUUGAUCCAAUUUAAUACCACGAGAGCUUUCGUAGCCAACGCUCAAACUCUCGGUCUAACAACUUCCUCCAUGGCCCGAACAGCAUGCUCUCGAUUCUUUGUGAAUCCAACAGCAGGGCACACAUCUUUCACUCUUGAUCUAACCUCCUUGCCCGUAUCUCUUCAUCCGACACCUCUUCAGCGUGAGAUCCCUCAUCAUCCAUGGAUAGAUCUCUUACCCAUUCCUCAACUACGCGAUAACUUACUGCGGAGGAAUAAUCAAUUUGAUGAAGUAGAGCUAUGUCAAGAGAUGAGAGGGGUCAAGAGUGCGAAGUUGGGGAGAAAGAAUGGAAUAAUCGUUUGGCGAGAUCCAUGGGAUGAGAGCGGUUGGGAGCUUACUGAAACUUUUGCCAGAAAAUGGGCGUGGGUUGUCAGAGGCUGUGAGGGAUUAUUUAGGUCGACUGAUUAUUGGAGGAGCCUGAGGGAGGAAAGACCACUCUUUUUGAUGACCGGGAAUAUGAGGGAAGAGUAUUGUGGGUUAGCCGAAGAAGUCUUUUGAUCCGUGUGGGAGAUGCUGAUCUCACUGCAGGAGGGGUUCUUUUCGGGAUGAGUGUCUUGAGAUGGUAUAGCGUGAUUUUAAGUGAUCGUGUUUGAAGACCUUGCUACAUAUUCUUACCAACUACCGUCAGCGAUAAAUCUAUCUGUGAACAUGCUUGAUCUUUUCAUUCUGUUUCAUAAGGCUCCGCCUGAUACUGCAGCGCUAGAUAAUGUGGUAUACUCCUUGAGGUAUUCAGAGUAUUCACUAAUACAUUCAUUUAUUAUUAAUAAAUAUUCUUCUA